GUCCACACCUCCAAAACUCCAACGUAUGUCCCAUCUCCAACCAACCCCCGUGGGAAGACGCAACAGCAACAACAACAGCAACAACAACAGCAAUCGAGGAGCCGUGUGAAAUCGGAAAACUCGUGAGCUUUCUUUUUCUUUUGCCUUUCCAAGCAACCACCGUGUUCAAUCAUGGCCUCCGAGAAGCGCCCGCAGGGCGCCGAGCUCGAGAGUGAUAUCACCUUCAUUGCGACCCCUGCCGCCCAGCCCUCCAAGUUCGCGACGAACGAGGACUGCGGCGUCAAGACCACCAACUACCCUACUAUCAACAACCCUCCUCUCCCCGCCGAGGGCCCUGGCAAUGAGUCCUUCUCCAACUACCUCCUGGCAGCCGUCCUCUUGGGCGUCCCCCUGUGGAUCACGCGCAUCUUCGGCGGCGGCCUGAAGACCUUCAUCUUCUUCUUCGUCCUCCUCGUCGUCCCGCUGCUCGUCGGCUUCUGGACCGUCUCGACGAGGUUCGCGCCGCGCAUCAACGACAAGGCCAAGCUCCCCGGCCGCCCCGUCGAGCACUACAUCACCUUCAAGAACCAGGAGGACCGCCAGCGCUGGAGCGGCCGCAACAAGGUCCCCAUCCAGACCUUCGCCGAGUUGUACACCGAGGGCCUCGUCGACGUCAACGGCGACCUCCUCGACGCCCUCGAGUACCGCCACGACUGGUCCAACUUCGCCUUCACCUGGUCGCUCUUCUACUUCAUCUUCUUCGAGUUCGCUCCCGAUGUGCUUUUCCACUCGCGCCAGCAGGACGAGGACCAGAUUCGCCCCACCUACGACAAGGGCAACGACCACUACUCGUACUUCCUCGGCCCCCGCAUGGUCUACACCAGCGGUAUCUUCUCCGAUAUCACCCGCGAGGAGACGCUCGAGGAGAUGCAGGACAACAAGAUGGCCAUCGUCUGCGAGAAGCUCGGCCUCAAGGAGGGCGAGACCAUGCUCGACAUCGGCUGCGGAUGGGGUACCCUCGCCAAGUUCGCCAGCGUCAACUACGGCGCCCACGUCACCGGAGCCACCAUUGCCAGCAACCAGGCCGCCUGGGGCAACGACGCCCUGCGCCGCGCCGGCGUCCCCGAGUCCCAGAGCCGCAUCCUCUGCAUGGAUUACCGCGACAUCCCCACCAAGAAGUUCAACAAGAUUUCCCAGAUCGAGAUGGGCGAGCACGUCGGCAUCCGCAGACUCACCACCUUCUUCCGCCAGUGCUACGACAUGCUCGAGGACGACGGUGCCAUGUACGUCCAGCUCUCUGGUCUGCGCAAGGCUUGGCAGUACGAGGACUUCAUCUGGGGUCUGUACCUGAACAAGCACAUCUUCCCCGGUGCCGACGCCUCCACCCCGCUCGCCAACUACGUCGGCUGCCUCGAGAGUGCCGGCUGGGAGAUUAAGAGCAUCGACACCGUCGGCGUCCACUACUCCGGCACCCUCUGGCGCUGGUACCGUAACUGGCUCGGCAACUCCGAGACCGUUAACGCCAAGUACGGCCAAAAGUGGUACCGCAUCUGGGAGCUCUUCCUCGCCUGGUCCGUCAUCGCCUCCCGCCAGGGCAGCGCCACCUGCUUCCAGAUUGUCGUCGUCAAGAACCUCAACGCCACCCACCGCAUCGAGGGCGUCGCCUCCCAGUUCGGCCUCUCCGGCGCGCUCGCCGCCGCCAAGGCCGCUGGCAAGGCUGCCUUCCCCCGGUAAGCGCGGAACGGUCGCGUGGCCCUCCUUAACGGGAGGGCGGGGGAGAAGCGGGGAGUGUGAAAGAUGGUCAGCUGUAUGUGUCCAUGAAUGGAAUGAAUGACCCCUUCCCUUCCACGAGGACUUGUGGAGGACCCUUCUAUCUUGGUUCUUUCUGGUCGCUUAAUUCGGGGAGGGAAGGGAAUGGGCCUUUCACGUUUGUCAUAUUAUGAGGUCGGGGCUUCCGAAAAGUUUUGAUCGAUAUAAAAGGCUAUAGAGAAGAGCUUGGCAACGGAGGGAGACGUGUUCUCCGUGCCGCAUUGCUUAGAGUCCAGUUCAUCUCUGGAGAGUUAUAGAAUCAGGGGGGGGCGGGCGGAUGCGUUGGCACCAGUCGACGCAGUUGUUGGUGUCCAAUGAUGAAAGAGUUACACGUUGAUGCCAACAAGCUCCUGACGCGCAGAACCUCUGUG